GCACGCCUCUGGAGCUCUGAUCCAAGCAGUUCAGCUGGUUUGAUUCCAAGUCCAGAGUUGCAGGAAUGGCGAACUGCAACCAGGGCAGUUGAACGUUCCAGAAGCGAUCAUUCAGCAGUACAAUGUGGCGCUUGGCUCGGCCGCAAGAAACGUAAUGCAAAGGAUAAAUAUCGAGCUAAGCACGCUGCUGUAUUUGACCAGUUAGAUCUGCUAACAUAUGAAGAAGUUGUUCGUUUGCCACACUUUCGUAGGCGUACGUUGGUGCUCCUUGGCGCACAUGGGGUUGGGCGUCGUCAUAUUAAAAAUUGUUUAAUACAGUCAGCUCAAGAUAAAUUUGCCUAUCCGGUACCUCAUACUACUCGUGUUCCACGAAAAGACGAAAUAAAUGGAAAGAAUUACUACUUUGUUACGCAUGAAGAAAUGAUGAAAGAUAUAGCAAAUAAUGAGUAUCUUGAGUAUGGGACUCACGAAGAAGCAAUGUAUGGCACCAAAUUAGAUACGAUCCGACAGAUACAUGCUGCUGGACUAAUGGCCAUUUUAGAUGUAGAACCACAAGCACUUAAAGUGCUGCGAACAGCAGAGUUUGCUCCAUGCGUUAUCUUCAUCGCAGCUCCAUCGCUUAGCGCAAUGACCACAGACGUACACAAUCCCAACGAUGGUAGUCUUGAACGGCUUUCGCGUGAGAGUGAGCUACUUGAACAACAUUAUGGACACUUCUUUGAUUUAAAAAUCGUUAAUAACGACAUUGAAGAUACAAUUUUACAAUUGAAAAAAGCAAUUGAUGGAUUUCAAACGGCUCCUCAGUGGAUACCCGUGAAUUGGGUUUAUUAA